AUGACGACUCAAGCCCGCAACCUCUUCCACCACCUACCUCCACCAGCGGAAUGCCUCGCGCUCUUCAUCGCAACCCUCGAAAUUGUCCCAUUCGGCAUAAUAGGCUUACGUAACCCCUCCUUCUUCGCCGAUGGCUACGGUCUGCCCAUUUCAAGCGAGUCCGACACAUCGCCUACAUCCGCAAAACGUUCCAACAAAACCCAAAGUACCUACGAAGCAGACCAGAAAACCAAGAAAGCUCUAGUCGCGGCUAUAGCAGCCCGCAACGUUCAGAAUGGCAUUCUACUGGCAGUCUUCGGUUUGGUGCUGCGAGAUAGGAGGAGUUUAGGUGUCGCAGUCAUGGCAGGGUUGGUUGCGACCGUCGCGGAUACGGUGAUUGUGAGCGCGUAUGGAGCGAAGGACAAGAUCGCAGGUCACUACGUUGGUAUCUUCAACAGCUUGGCAAUUGGAGGCAGUUUGCUUUAUUGGGGAAGAAAUGAUCCGCUGUGGUAG